UACCUCAAUAGAGUUUACAGAAGAAAAUGAGUAGUACAAAAACUUUGGUGACUUGUUUCCUUGUAAUAAUACUUGCAGUUUCGUUGUCUAGCCAUAACGUUUUGGUUUCAGAUGCAGGGAUAAAUGAUUUUUUUGACCAUUGUGAUACUCAGUGUGAGGGAUAUGUUGAAUGUAAGAAGUAUUGUAUUAAAGCUGGAUUCAGAACUGGAGAGUGUGGUUCGAGUUGUAUUUUAUGUCCUGUGAAAUGUUGUUGCCAAAAGUAGUAGAAACUUAUAUAUCCCCUCUUUCUCAAAAUUGAUGAUCCUAGCGUUGCAUUUAUUUUCUCUA